AUGAACACCGAGUCAUCAAAAUCGCCUCUAGACAAGCUCCUAGCAACAUUACAAACCACGGCUGAAAGUGAAGAGAAGCGUGACGCUCUCGCGAGGCUGAUCUCGGAGGAGUUUGGAAAAAGCAAUAUGGCGAUGCAAGCUGCAUCUUCCCCAGUUGGCGCGCCUAUGCAGAAUGGCGUGAACGGCGGAAACAAUCCACACCAAUCUGCAAAUCAUUCAUUUGCUCAAACACCGGUUCCCUUGCCGAGCUACGCUCCUUCAUCGCAACAUGCUUCAGCCAUAUCUGGGCCACAACGCCAAGGGUCAAGCGCCUCACCUGCGCAUUCAACACCAUUCAUCCCACCUGGACAGCAUCGCUCACCUUCUGAGCAGUCACAUACCACGGCGCAGAAUGUAAACGCUAUGCAGCCUAAACCACCUCACACACAGGCACAGGGCCUGGUGUCACCACCGACAAACCAGCAGUCUUCUAGUGUUGAAUCUCGAGAUUAUUAUCAAGAGCUAGUCAACUUGAUUGAGAGGGCACCUGCGCCGGCUGUUCGCCAAGUCGUUCGGGAUAAAUGGGAAAAGUCUCUUGCGGGCUCACAGUAUCACAUUGCUUUCCUAUUGAAUGCGACCAUGCAUCAGGCAUCUCCUGAGACUGUUGCUAAGGCUGUCAAAGAGUUUGGUGCUGGGCUUGUCCAAAAGUCAAAGCGAGAGUUGAUUAGCCAUCUCGGCAUGUCAGACCUUGAUGAGCUGGUGGAUUUGAUACUCCCCCGUGCCAGUCCUGAAUUCCUCGACAGAGCCCUUGCGAGGCGUCUUGAGACAAUACCAGCUCGACAGCUUGUUAACGCCCUAGCCCGAGCUGAGCGCCUGGGUUACGAUGUGCAUGAUAUUGUCCAUGAGCACAACGAGCGCGUUAUCCCGACACUGCAGUCGAUGCCAACGCAGUCUACUCCUAUGCCUCCGGCAAACCAAGCGCUGCGCGUGAAACAUUACCAUCAACCUGUUCCCACACAGCGUCCUUCGCCAACUGUGCCGAAUCAAGGUACGCUAGCAUCAACGAGCUAUGCUCCGCAAAUGAAUCUACCUCCUAGCCCACCAGGCCUCGUUUGGUGCCGCUGUGGUUGGCCGUGUUCUUCGAAAGAGUCCUUUGAAUAUCAUUUGAAGAAGAAUGCUUGCCACAAGGUUCAAGAGAACGACAUACCUGGUAGGGAUAUCUGCCUCUAUUGUGGCUGCAGAUUUGGUAGCGGUGGUGGUUUGCUAUACCAUGAGAAGUCUAAUGUCUGUGGAGAUCAUAAUUAUGAGCUGGGCCAGAGGAUGCGUGCAUUGAUUGAUGCCUACCGGGCACAGAAUCAAUCACUUUCCGCUGCUGUGCCAAAGCCACCUGUUCAGGUGUCGAGCACCCCCCGUAAUCAAGUGCAUUCAUCAGCUUCGCAACCGCAGAUGGGCUGGGUUGCUUCAACCCCAUCUGAGCCUGCCGGCACCCCAGGUCGUGGUCAAAACCGUAACCCCUACUCACACCUCAACCCCGAGACACUUAAGAAGUUCAAAGAGAUCAUGAGAAAUGCCGAAGCGAAAUACGGAGGCCUAAUGCAAGAAGCAUCACUGCUUGACGAACCAGAAAGAUCCAGGCGAUUGGCAAGUCUGAAAAACUCCUACAACACGAAACAAAGCACAACUCGCAAAAAGUUCGGCAUCCGUCUUCGUGAGAGGAGGACCAAAGGGGAGAUUGAAGCUGAAGAGGCUCGUCUUUUUGGAACAGCCAGUGGCAACGUGACGCCUUCUGGGACACCAGUUCCUGACAGUGAUUCUCGCCCAAACAAGAGGCCCCGAACGGAUGACGAUGAACAGUCAGAAUCCCUUACAGGGCCAAAUGGGGACCGAGAGAGUCCUCGUAAGAGGGUUCCUGUGUCAGAGAUGGGCGGACUGUCUGGGUCGCAAGCAACAGCAGAGCUAACAGACCCUACGGCAUAUCUAAACCGGGCUCAGCCACGUUAUAUGCCGCAGAAGCCUGCCAUGGUGAGCAGCCAGCCAAAGACGUCUGAAUCUCCGGAUCGUACGAGAACAUUCAUGGGAUUGACUCAGGAUGACCCUAUGUCCAUUGAUGAUGAUGACGACGACGACUUAUCGGAUACAGACAGCGACAGCGAUGGAGAUAUUCCCGCCAUUAUCUCUUAA